AUUUACCGCUACAAGGUCAUGUUAUUUAAUUUUUAUAUCUGCCUGACUGCAAAUGCCUAUUCUCAUAUCACCAGUUCCUGAUGCAUGAAUUAUUAAAUCCCUUGAGAGCUAACUUUGUUUUAACCAUCUAAUUCGGAAGUUCCAGAAGUUAGUAUAUAAAUUCGUCAGCUGUUUGCAUAGUCUUCAUUACUGUAUUCGAAAAUAUUUGGAAAAUGCAAAUAUUCGUAAAGACGUUGACAGGAAAGACGAUUACGUUGGAGGUUGAGCCUAGUGAUACUAUUGAGAAUGUGAAGGCGAAGAUUCAAGACAAAGAAGGUAUUCCUCCUGACCAACAACGUUUGAUAUUCGCUGGUAAGCAGUUGGAAGAUGGACGUACUCUGUCUGACUACAACAUCCAGAAAGAGUCGACUCUGCAUCUUGUCCUUCGUCUACGUGGUGGAAUGCAAAUCUUUGUGAAGACGUUGACUGGUAAGACGAUCACGUUGGAGGUUGAGCCUAGUGAUACUAUUGAGAAUGUGAAGGCGAAGAUUCAAGACAAAGAAGGUAUUCCUCCUGACCAACAACGUUUGAUAUUUGCUGGUAAGCAGUUGGAAGAUGGACGUACUCUGUCUGACUACAACAUCCAGAAAGAGUCGACUCUGCAUCUUGUCCUUCGUCUACGUGGUGGAAUGCAAAUCUUUGUGAAGACGUUGACUGGUAAGACGAUCACGUUGGAGGUUGAGCCUAGUGAUACUAUUGAGAAUGUGAAGGCGAAGAUUCAAGACAAAGAAGGUAUUCCUCCUGACCAACAACGUUUGAUAUUCGCUGGUAAGCAGUUGGAAGAUGGACGUACUCUGUCUGACUACAACAUCCAGAAAGAGUCAACCUUACAUCUUGUUCUGCGCCUACGUGGAGGCAUGUGAUUUCUGUUAAAGUAAAAUUAAAAAAUAAAUUUUAGUUUGAUUUUAUUUCUAAACGUAGUUCUGUUUUCGCGAGCUGCGAAUGAUGUUGGUCUGUUGUGUCGUACUAGGUAGUGCGUUUUAACAGUGUGAUACGGUCGAUGGAUAUUCGAGCUUGGUUAGAUUUCAGCUAAGUCAUUCAUGGUUUAAUGUUGUAGGACGAGUUGUUUGGACACAAUGUGUUUGAUGACAUAGGCAUUAGGAGUUGUAUGGUAUUGAGUAAGGAUACGCGUUUUGAAAUUUGUAGGAAAGUAACCGCAAAUAAAGUGAU